CUUGCUAGUUUCUGUCGCUCUGGCAGAGACGGGAGAGGUGCUCGAAUUUUCGCGUGUUCCAUUUUAUUGUCUUCUUGAGUGAACUUUUCGUGUUUCUGUUUUUCCCCAUCUGCUCUGCAUACCUGUCUGGGAAUACGAUGUGUCGUGUCGGACCCGAUUCCUCUUUCUGAUAUCUGCCUGGACCCGAGACAUGGACGGGAUAACGGGCGAGUGCUAGAGAGGUUUCUAGAAUAGGUUCGCCGGUUGGAAGGGGAGGUAAGCGUGCAUCGAUGCAAUUGUAUUUCCUUCAAAAAUAGAAGAUUUCCUUAUUGUCAGAUUUUUGCGUGGUGGCUGACAAGAUGAAUCCAGCUGUACUGGAUGAAGCCCCGCGGGAUCCUGGCGUACGCGUGACCCAUCAUAGUUAUACGGACCAAGAUUUCGAAGGUCAUAGAGCUCACACAGUUUAUGUUGGUUUGCAUGUUCCUGGUUACCACAGAAGAAGUCAUCACAGACGGCAUAGGCAUCACCAUAAAAAUGGUCAUAAGAAAAGAGAAGAUGGCACAUCGGCAGAAUAUCCUAAUGAAUUGCAUAGGCCAGUCACCCCACCUGCUGAACGUGUCCAUUUUAUCCUUGGUGAAGAUGAGGAUGGUACACAUGAAUCUCAUCCUCUUUUCAGUGAAAUGGAAGAACUACAUUAUGAAGGAGAUGAGAUGGAAUGGAGAGAAACUGCAAGAUGGAUUAAGUUUGAAGAAGAUGUGGAAGAAGGGGGGAACAGGUGGUCAAAACCACAUGUUGCUACAAUAUCGUUACAUUCACUUUUUGAAUUGAGGAGCUGUAUCUUAAAUGGAACUGUUAUGUUAGAUUUGGAAGCUAAUAACCUUGAUCAAAUUUCAGAUCUUGUGUUAGAAAAUAUUGUGAAUGCUGGUCACCUACAAGUAGAAAAUCGUGAUCGCAUUAAAGAAGCCUUGUUAAGACGUCAUCGGCAUCAACAUGAGCGGAAACAUGACAAAGUGGACAAAGGUUCACGAUUACCUCUAAUACGUUCCUUAGCUGAUAUUGGAAGGAAUUCAAGUAAAAACAUGUUUGGCUCCAGCACCCAAUUAGAUAAAGAUGCAGGUUCAUCUCCGCCAACUACCCCUGUCAAUCCUACUAUGGCUGGAGAAGCAAAACCAAACUUUGCCAAAUACCUUGGCCUUCCUGGUAGUGCACCUAACACAGCAGCACAAGAUUCCAUAGUCAAAAGCCCUAGCUGCUCUUCAUUAAAUCUAGGUGCCAGUAAUAACCAAUCUGGUCAUAAUUCACAUAAUUUAGGUGAUAUAUCAGGGAAUUCAACAAGUUCUGCUGAUUUACAACACCGGCUUAACCAAGCCUUUAUGAAAAAAAUCCCACCGGGAGCUGAAGCAUCGAAUAUUCUAGUUGGAGAAGUUGACUUCUUAGACCGUGCCAUUAUAGCAUUUGUCCGUCUCAGUCAAGCCACCAGUUUAGGAGAUCUGACGGAAGUACCUGUUCCUACUCGCUUCUUGUUUAUAUUGCUAGGCCCUUCAGGAAAUUUGGGUCGUUACCAUGAAAUUGGUCGAGCUAUGGCCACUCUAAUGUCUGAUGAGGUAUUCCAUGAUGUUGCCUAUAAAGCCAAAAGUCGGCAAGAUCUGCUGGCUGGAGUGGAUGAAUUUUUAGAUGCAGUUACAGUUCUACCUCCAGGAGCUUGGGAUCCUAGUAUUCGAAUUGAACCUCCUCAGCAACUCCCAUCACAGGAGGCCAGGAAGAAAACUGAGGUUCAGGAGGUCAAAGUAGAUGAAGAAGAGGAAGAAGAGAAAGAAAGAGAAGAAAGUGGAUUAAAACGAUCCGGAAGAUUAUUUGGUGGCCUUAUAAAUGAUGUAAAGAGGAAACUUCCUUGGUAUCUUAGUGAUUUUACUGAUGCCUUUGCACUGCAAUCUGUUGCCUCCAUUUUCUUUUUAUAUUUUGCUUGUCUGACACCUAUAAUUACAUUUGGAGGUUUGUUAGGAGAUGCUACAGAGGAGCGAAUUGCUGCCAUUGAAAGUCUUUUAUCUGGUGCAAUUUGUGGCAUUAUUUAUGGCUUGUUUAGUGGGCAACCACUGACAGUUUUGGGAAGCACUGGUCCUGUACUUGUUUUUGAAACAAUAUUGUUUGAUUUCUGCAGAGAUAAUGAUUUAGAAUACCUUCCAUUGCGACUAUGGAUAGGUUUAUGGACUACAUUGAUUCUAAUUAUUCUUGUGGCUUUUGAUGCAAGUGCUUUAGUUUGCUACAUCACACGAUUCACUGAAGAAAAUUUUGCUACCCUUAUUUCUUUCAUAUUUAUUUAUAAAUCAGUUGAAAAGGUGUUAGAUAUUGGACAUUAUUAUCCGUUGUCAUCACCUUUGAUGCCAUAUCCAGGUCAGUGCUUAUGCACUCCACCCAACGAUACCUCAACAGAAAUUCCUGAAGAUGUCCAGUGGUUUCAGUUAAAUAGUACUGCUUGUACAUAUUACAAUGGUACUAUGGAAGGACCUGGCUGUUUAAACACUUAUCCAGAUAUCUACUUAUUUUCCAUCAUUUUGUAUGCCUGUACAUUCUCCAUAGCAGUUUUCCUGAAAGAAUUUAAAUUUACUCCAUUUUUCCCAUCAAAAAUACGAAGUACAAUAAGUGACUUUGCUGUUGUCAUUUCCAUUCUUUCGAUGACAGUUGCUGAUGCUUGGGUAGGUCUAAAUACGCCAAAAUUACAGGUUCCAGCUAAAUUUCAGCCAACAUGGCAUGGCCGAGGUUGGCUCAUUCCAUUUUUUGGGAAGAAGAAUCCCUGGUGGACAUGUCUUGUUACUAUUUUACCGGCACUCUUAGCUACAAUCUUGAUAUUUAUGGAUCAACAAAUAACUGCAGUCAUUAUUAACAGGCAUGAAAAUAAAUUGAAAAAAGGCUGUGGAUACCAUUUAGACUUGUUCGUAUUAGCCAUUCUUAUUGCAAUCUGUUCAAUUUUGGGCCUGCCUUGGUUUGUGGCAGCUACAGUGCUUGCCAUGACUCAUGUUAAUUCACUACGAAUGGAAUCUGAAUGUUCUGCCCCAGGAGAAAAGCCUCAGUUUUUAGGUGUCAGAGAACAAAGAGUGACACAAAUAGUUAUCUUUGCAUUAGUUGGUUUAUCUGUGCUUUUCACUUCUGUUCUUCAGCAUAUUCCAAUGCCAGUCUUAUAUGGAGUAUUUUUAUACAUGGGUGUAUCUUCACUCAAAGGAUCUCAAUUUUUCGAUCGAAUCCUCAUUAUGUUCAUGCCACAAAAGUACCAGCCAGAUUAUGUAUUUUUACGAAGUGUGCCAACCCGUCGAGUCCACAUUUUCACUCUUAUACAACUAACUUGCUUAGCGAUCUUAUGGCUAAUAAAAUCUUACAAACCUACAUCUAUUACUUUUCCACUUAUGUUGGUAGUGAUGAUAGGUGUGAGAAAGCUAUUGGAUUUUCUUUUCACCCAACGAGAAUUAAAGAUCUUGGAUGAUGUAAUGCCAGAAUCAGCUAAGAGAUCAAAGGAGGAGGAACAGAAGAAGCUAGAAGAAGAAAUGCAUGGAGGUCUGAUGCCAAAUGCCAGUUCAGGAAAUGUAGCCAUUACAUUAGCGAAUGGCAACAUUCUCAAGGUCCCAGUUGAAAAAUUCAACAAUGAUGAACCAGAUCAGUCAGCAAUCAACAUAUCAGAACAACUUGCACAGUCUGGAAUUUGGCAGAGCAUUGAUCAACAAGCUCAAAAAACACCUACCAUUGUUGAACCUAAAGUGACUGUUAGUAAGAAGAAAAGAGGCAAGAAGAAAGAUGCACUCUGCGAUGAAGAGCACAAGCGACUCUCUACCAUGGCUGAAGAAGAUGAUGAAGAUGAUUGUGGUAUUAUGAUUAGGAUUGAUGCUCCUACACCAACACCCUCUAAUGUCACUUCUGCUCACAGCUCGCCAAAACAUUCUCGCAAAGGCAGUGGAGACCAGAAUGAGACUUCAGUGUGAUAGACCCUCACAAAGGUUUUGGUGUAUGCCUUUCAUUAAAGCACGUAACCACACCUGCCGAGAGCUCACUAGACCAGCAUACAAUGUAUAUACAUGAAAGGAGUUUAGCGCUGAGCAUAUGUAAUUUAGUCUUCCGCAUUGAGGUUGAGUUUUAUUUAAAAUUCUUCAUAUGGGAAAAUGAAAUAAAUAAAUAGAUUAAGAGUUUUACUCAUGUGAAAUCUAGAGCUGUGUUAAGUGGUGAAAUAUAUUGAAAUUUUGAUGUAUAUCAGGUUGAUUUUUGUGCCUAAAAUUGCUAUAGCAAUUUUUUCAAGUGUAAAUGUUUUAUUCUAUGAAGGGAAAAUUAGUAAAAGAACUAUAUAAAUGUAGUCAAUUUUUGAUGUGUAAUAUUGCAUGCUUUAAAUUUCAUUUUCUUUAAUGUACAUUUCAAAAUGUUUUUAGAUGUCAUUAUUUUUUAAUUUGAUACUUUCUUCACUUAAUAUUGUCAAUGAUCUUUAUGGCCUAUUCACAUUUUAAUUUUAUUAUAGAAAUUUUAAUUUGCAUUUCAUAAUCUAUGCAAACAUUUUAUUUAUUUAUUAUUAUUAUUUUCCUUUUCAGUGAACAGAGAGGGUAUUAGGAAUUUUUCUUGCCCUUAAUUCACAUCUAAAAUACUUUGCAUAGCUUCAGCAAAUUGGUUAGAGUUCUCUGUAUAUUUGCUAACUAAAAUUAGCAUCAAUUGCAGAGACCAUAGAUCUCACUAUUAACAUAGCAUUAGAUAUAAAAAGAUUAUAGUAUGUUAAGAAAAAUGAAAUAGCUUUAUUGUAAAAAUGGAAACUUUCAAUUUCAUCCUAUUUUAAUUAAUAUUUAAUAUAAAAGAAAACGAAUUGUGAGCUGCAAAUUGAGUGAAAUGUGUCUCAAGUCAGUAAAGUGGUAUUGAGUGUUGUAGUCAAGGAAUAAGUUGUAAUUAUUACAAAAUAUUGCUGUUAUUUAUUCAUUUAUUUAUUUAAGAAGUCUUGUUAUUUAUCAAAAUGUGUGCAAUUGACCACCAAGGGAUCAAUUUUUGAGCAGGUUUUAAAUUACUUUCAUUUUUAGAGUUCAACAAUUUAUGUUUAAUUUUACAUCAUUUGUCUCAUUUUUUGCAUCUCUCAAUUAUAUUUAAAAAGAUGUAAAAGAAAAAAGUUAAAUUUUUUUGUUGUAAGAAAUUUGGUUUAGCGUGCUUAUUGUAAAUUGCAUUUUACACUACAUAAAACCCUUGGUAAAUUUGUUUUAGAAAUAUGGCUGAAACAACUAUUACCCCAAUGUAAUUUUUUUAAUAGAAAUAAAGUUAAUUUUGUAUUAAAAAGGUACAAAGUGAGCCAUUGAGAAUUCUUUCUAUCUUAAUUUUGUACACAUAUCAAUAAAUACCCAUGUAAUCAAUUCCAUUCAGAAAAGAAUCCUUAUCUAAAUUUUAUUAAAAGGGAGAAAAUACUUAAAUAAUUAUUGUCCAAAGCAUGCAAGCAAAAAAAAAGUAUGUAAUGUUUUUAUUCAACAUUUUUAUUCAUUUGGGUAUAUUUUAACAUUAGCAUAGU